GGGAAAGACUUCCAUUACUGCUCGGGGCCAGCCUGCCAGCUCAGUUAUGGAGACAAAUGCGACGGGAACACCUCACCUCUCGGCUCCUCGACAAAAGAUGUUGCACGGCCGCACCUAGGAAACAUCAGCUACGGAGGAACCGGUCUCUAUUUCUGCGAAAACAAGAGCCAUGUAGCGCUGACAUUCGACGACGGGCCUUACAUCUUCACCGAGAAGGUGCUUGAUGUCUUGGAGCAGUACAAUGCGAAAGCGACAUUCUUCAUCACGGGGAAUAACAUGGGGAAGGGCCAGCUGGACAAUGCUUCCACGGGCUACCCCCAACUCCUCAAACGGAUGCAUGCGGCGGGCCACCAGGUAGCCAGCCACACAUGGACGCACCAGAACUUGUCAGCUCUCACGGUCCAACAGAGGCAGAACCAGAUGUACUACAACGAGAUGGCGUUUCGGAAUGUGCUUGGAUUCUUUCCAACGUAUAUGAGACCGCCGUACUCGGAGUGCAACAACGAGACCCAAGCUAUGAUGUAUGACAUGGGAUAUCACGUUGUGUACUACAACAUUGACAGCAGCGAUUACCUGUACGACGACCCUACCCUCAUCCAAAACUCAAAAGACGCAAUAAACGUGCAAUUUGCAACUGUAAACGUCACCGCCGGCUACCCAGCCGAUUUCAUCGUCAUAAACCACGACAUCCACGAACAGACUGCGUAUAACCUGACUGCGUGGACACUAGAUCGCAUGCUCGCCCUCGGAUUCGGUACUUCUGUGACCGUUGGCGAGUGUCUGGGCGAUCCGCCUGAGAAUUGGUAUAGGGCUGCAUCUGGG